AUGGCAUCGGAUAAAAACUGGCAAGCCAUCGCGGCCAGCAAAAGAGAGUCCAACGCCGCCAAGAUCCCCGAAGCAUGGCGGCUUCCGCAAGACAUCUUGAAAGACGUGCACAACUCCUCAGACAAAAACGUCCUAGAUAUACCGCGAACCUGCGGCAUAUUGACAGAUCAAGAGAUUGAUAUCACGGAGAAACACGAUGCUACAGCACUUCUUGAGAAGCUGGCGGCUGGGGAACUCAAGGCGUACGAUGUCACCCUCGCUUUCUGCAAGAGGGCUGCUUUGGCGCAGCAGCUGACGAGCUGCCUCACUGAGAUCAUGUUCGAAGAGGCUCUUGCACGUGCAAAGUCCCUGGAUGAACAUCUCGAAGAGAAGGGUAAACCAAUGGGGCCUCUUCAUGGGCUGCCAAUUAGUCUCAAGGACUCCUUCAACGUCAAAGGCGUACAAGCAACCGUCGGCUACGUAUCCUUCGUCUCGCACCCCCCCGCAUCCCAGAACUCCGCCCUGGUCGACAUCCUCCUGAGCCAAGGCGCAGUCCUACACUGCAAAACCAACCUCCCGCAGACAAUGAUGACCGCAGACUCCGAAAACAACGUCUUCGGCCGGACCCUGAACCCCAACAGGCUCUCCCUAACCGCAGGCGGGAGCACCGGCGGCGAAGGCGCCCUGCUCAAGAUGCGCGGCUCCCCGCUAGGCGUCGGCACCGACAUCGCGGGCUCCGUCCGGAUCCCUCCCCAUUGUAACGGCGUCUGGGGCUUCAAGCCUACGGUGGGACGUAUCCCGUUCAGUGGUAAGACGCCGCCGGGGAGGAUGGGCUCGCCGAGCAGCAUCCUGCCGUGUAUUGGACCCAUGGGGCACUCUGCGAGGGAUCUGGAGCUGUUUAUGAAGACGGUCCUUGAUUGUGAUCCGUGGCAGCUUGACGAGGGAUGUCUCGCGGUGCCCUGGCGAAGGGUUGAGCCAGUUUCGAAGCCGCUGAGGCUUGGGCUGAUUCUGGAGGAUCCGAAGAGGCCACUUCAUCCGUCCAUCAUGCGGGCUAUGAGGACGGCAACGGACGCGCUGAGAGACGCUGGACACGCCAUCAUCCCGCUGGAGGGCCAAUAUCCCUCCAUCUACGAGACCGCCAUCCUAGCGUGGAAGUUCUUCCUCCUCGACCCGGCAAAGACGCCGCUGAAGUAUAUGAAAGAGGGCAAUGAGCCAUUCGUCGCAUCGCUGGCUACGAGCAGGUUCCCGGAGCUGGACAAUUACGAGCCGAACUUGAAUGAUCUUUUCGACAUGAAUGUUGAGCGCAGGAAGAUCAUGAAAGUGUAUCACGACCUGGUCGUGCAGAAUCAGCUUGACGCUAUAGUGAUGCCGAUGUACCAGGCGACGGCUGUACCGCACGAUACGUAUGGGCUGCCGAUAUAUACGGUACUGCCAAAUGUGAUCGAUUAUCCGGCUGCGGCAAUACCGUUUUUGAAAGCGUCCAAAGAUUUGGACAAGGACUUCGUUCGCAGUGACAUAGAAUACUUACCUCCUUACGACGCUGAUGCAGUUGAGGGCGCGCCGUGCGGAAUCCAGGUUGUCGGAAAACCGAUGCGGGAUGAGGUACUCAUGAAGGUGCUCAAAGUCAUAGAGGAUGUGUUGAAGCCCACGACAUAA